AUGAUUUCUGUGUCAGGCAGAUUAGAAGUGGCCGUGGUAAACGUCACUGUGGUCAUGGGCGCCAAAGCAUUCAACGACAUGAACUUGGAAAGAAAACGAGUGAAGAUCAUUCUUCACAAGGAUUACAAGCCAUCCCACCUCAACAGCGGCCUCUGCCUAAUCCUGAUCACCACGCCAGUCCAAUUCACUGAAGCUAAAAUGCCUAUCUGCCUGCCACAGAAGGAGGGCAGGUGGGACCGGUGCUGGAUGGCAGAGUGGGCAUCGACAGGUAGCUAUGGCUCAACCAAAGGCUUAAACAUGCACCUAAAGAAGCUCAGGGUGGUUCAGAUUAGCUGGAGAGCAUGCGCCAAGAGGGUGACCCAGCUCUCCAGGAACAUGCUUUGUGCCUGGAAGGAACUGGGCACCAAUGGCAAGUGUCAGGGAGACAGUGGGGCGCCCAUGGUCUGUGGUAACUGGAGAACCAGGAGACUCUUCCAGGUUGGUGUCUUCAGCUGGGGUAUGAGCUCAGGCUCCAGGGGAAGGCCUGGUAUGUUUGUGUCUGUGGCUCAGUUUAUUCCAUGGAUCCUGGAGGAGACGCAGAAGGCAGGCAGAGCCCUCACCCUCUCAGAAGUCUCAAGAAGCCCUUUGACUUGUGCUCCACAGUGCCCCACACUGCUAAGCUUGGGGUCUCAAAUGCUGCUUGCUGCCAUGUUUGCUGGUGGUCAUGGUGCUGCCACCGGCUAG